UCUCCCCUCAAUGAAACAUGUUGGAAAUGUCUGGUUUGUUCAUAGAUUCUUUGUUGCUAAAAUGUAGACAGGAUACAACGAACAUUUCACAACUAAUCUUCCUCGGAUAAGUAGGCUAAUAUACCCAUAGAGUUCAGAACUCCGGUUCUGGAAACAUUGUUGCCAGUUGCAUGGACUAUGCUUGUCGUUAGUAUGUCGAGAUAGAUGGACUUGGGAACACGCAUCCUCUGGUGCUUGUAUCUGUGGAGAGUUCGCUUCAUAUUGUACAUGCUUACUUGUGUCUUCUACUCGGAAUGCCUAUUUAACACAGACCAUUCGACUCUCGAAGGGAAUCAAAACGGUCAUAGUUUGGUUCAGAGGGGAGAGCGAUCACUCCGACGCGCAAACAAACACCCCACCCCCCACCGUAGCCCAAUUUUCAUUCAUAAGCUUUCACCCCUUGUUUUUCUAUUCAUCUCUAGAUCCGUUGAUUUGAUCCUCUGUGGUUUCUAUCACAUGGGACGUCUCUCGGUCAACUAAACCCUAGGGCAUAGACAUAUUUGAAGUAGCCUACACUAGGACUGUCGGUGUAUUUGUCCUUUUACAAUACAAUAAUUAGGCCGCCCGUCUAUCUCCUGGCUAAACCUAGUUACUGUGCUCCGUGUAAGCUACCGUGGGGUUUCAUGAAGUCAAUAAAUUAUAGGGCUCUGCUUAUAAGCAAGCUGUCUUCGCGCAGAUAAUGUAUAUCUACUAAUUGUAUCCGUUUUUAAACGUAUUUGUAUGCUUGCGUCAUGUUGAUUAGACUGACAUGUGUUUAUGCCUAUUGAGUAGGGUCCCGUUUGCGUUACAGUUUCAAGAGAUACGACUGACUAUAUAGCUAGACCUACCACGGUUAAUUCCAGAAGCUGUUGAUAUUUUAAACCAGUAAUGGUAUUGGCUUUAAUUCAGUUGUCAAAUUUGCUUGAAAUUAUAUGGACAUAAAGUUGACACUGUUGUCGGGUUCUGUCGUGACCUUAGUUUUGUCACCACAUUUCCUUCUUACAUUCUUUCGUUUAGUAAUCGAAUAAUACGCGAGGCAGCUCAUUUUGUCCUUUUGGAUCGUGGCCUCGUUCCGUCGCCUUGGCACAUUUAAAUGUUAACCAGUCAUACAAAUGUAAAUGAGGACGGGAAGUAGCCUAUUUGUACUGAAGUUUGGAUGUGUGCAUAUUGAGGAAGGUUUUCCGAUGCAUGCCAAGUCCAUGGUGAAUGUCGGAAGUGGUGAUCACCCCAGAUGGCGCUCCAAAGUCAACAUGGCCCUGGCGGUUCAUUAGUGGUGAUUCAGCAGCCUUCCCUGGAGGACCGGCAGAGGUCAGAUUACGAGCGGGAGCUCCAACAUGCCGCCAUCCUUUCCCUGGACCAAAUCAAGGCCAUCCGCUCCAGCAACGAGUACACAGAAGGGCCCUCGGUGGUCCGGAGGCCCCCUGCGCCCCGCAUGGCGCCCAGGCCCGACAAGCAGCAGGAGAGGACUCACGAGGUGAUCCUCGUCAAUGUGAACAACAACUACGAGCACCGGCCGGUAGGGCAGGGCCACCACGGUGGGGUUGUGGUAGUGGCCGGGGGCCAGCAGUGUAGCGCCAGGGCCCCGGGCCUUAAUCGCUCCACCAGUACAGGCAGUGCGGCUAGCUCAGGGAGCAACAGCAGUGUAUCCUCUGAGCAGGGACUCCUGGCCCGCUCGCCUCCCUCUAGGCCUGGGAUGGUGGCCCUCCACCAGCACCACCACAGAGCUGAGCGUGCUCAGCCUCUUCGGACUCAGCCCAAGGCACUGCUAGCCUCCCAGCAGGGCUCGCACCCGCUGCCGCCACUGGAGGCACCGCUCAAGCCCUCAGGGAAAGGGGACAUGGCCUCUGGCCACCAGUUCAUCUGCGAAUGCUGCGGGAAGUGCAAGUGCGGAGACUGCACAGCCCCAAGGACCCUGCCCUCAUGCCUGGCCUGCAACGGCCAGUGCCUGUGCUCGGCGGAGAGCGCCCUGGAGCAUGGCACGUGCAUGUGCCUGGUCAAGGGCAUCUUCUACCACUGUUCCAACGACGACGAGGGGGAUUCGUGCGCCGACCACCCCUGCUCGCUGUCACGCUCCCACUGCUGCUCACGCUUUCUCUGCAUGGGAUUACUGUCGGUACUGUUCCCCUGUUUGCUGUGCUACCCGCCCGUCAAGGGGUGCCUGAAGGCGUGCCAGGGCUGCUACGACCAAGUCAACAGGCCCGGCUGCCGCUGCAAGAACUCCAACACUGUCUAUUGCAAACUGGAGCGCUGGUCCCACCAGGCCCAGGAAAAGCCUUCCUGAUCCUGUAUGUGUGUGUGUGGGUAGAGUGGCGGGCAGUUGUUCCCCUGUGUGGUUCUGACAAUGAUAAUGAUGAUGACCAUAAUAGUCACUAUUACUAUUGAUGUUUAUCAAACAUUUUAAGCACCUCCCACCCAAUUCCAUUUCUCCUGAAAGGAGUAAAGCACGGAAUAUGAAAACCACUCAAUUAUUUUUUCUUCUUUUUCUCUCCUUCCUUUUUGCAACAGGACCAUGUUUUUACAGACCAGUGUUUGUCUUCAAUGGUUGUUUUUUUUUUUUUGUCUCUCUUCAGCUACUCAUUAACACUUUUAAUUUUUUUUUGAAAUAAUUUUCUGUUAGCUAGGCAGUGUUUACCUGGUGCUUUAAGCUUCAAGUGAGAGCAGCCUCUUACCAAAUCUGUGAAGGACUAUCUAGCUAGGCAAUAUGUAGCUGUUACCACGUGUUCAUAGCAAACAAGGAUUGCUGGAAUUCCCAGUUGCUACCCCACUCAGACCAUGGCUAGCUGGGUUUCUGUGCUCGAGUUGCAUUGUGGAAAGCACAUCCAUCUCAUAGUAUUCUGUUGGAUAUGUUUCUCCCCCUUCCCCACUCAUCAUUCACACACAUUCUGUGGCAUUCUUUCCCUUGUUUUUGUUUUGUAAAUUGUAUGCUCAAAUCCAUAAGAGCGAUCUGGCUUUAAAAAAAAAAGGAAAAUGUCUUUUUUUUUUUUUUGUAAAAAUAUUUAUUAUGUGAAGCUCUAUUAUUUUAUGAUAUUUAUUGCAAAAGACAGUCUUAAAUUUACUCAUGUCUGAAUAUAACAAUAUCAAUACUUACUGAAAAAGGAAAGGGUGGCACAAAAGAAUAAACUAUGUUAACUUUAAUGCAGAAAAUAUAUUAAUUAAUGAAAAAAAAUGUCUUGUGUCUUGAUUAUCCUCUUUACAUUGACCCUUGGGAGUGUUUAACUCUGGUUUGAAAGCUUUCUGGGUAAUAAGGCAUUUCAUAAGCAGUGAUUGGGUGCAAGUUUAGUUCUUGUAUCAUUUCUUUGCGUAAUGUGAAAUAGUUUGGUCAACACCACUUUGCUGUACAUUCAUUUGUUCAUGUGUGGAAUUCUGGUUAAAAAAAUGUACUUGAAGUGAGUCAGAACCACUUUUAACCUGAAUGUUGCAAGCCCGUUAUUUCGGGAUUCUAUUUAUUGGCUUGAUUACUCUUUAAACUGAUCAUGUAAAAUAAGCCUACAUCUGAAUGCGAAAUGGCCACCAAUGAUACUAACUGGAAGUUCCAACACUUGAGAAACUUCAUUCCAGGCAAGAGGUCAUCAACAAACUAAGCAAUAGCUUUAAUCCCUGGUUUUAAAAGUUGCUACAGUAUAUCAGAAUCUUCCCAACUCUCAAAUGGUCUCCAUAUUGUGAGGCCACAGUAUGUGUCUGAGAAAUGAGAGCCACCAUUACAACUACCCAGGUCCACCUGUUCAAAGAUAAUAAACCUAUCAAUGCCAAGCUUUUAUGGCAUGGUUCAUUCACUAAAAGUAAAGAUGGGGCAGAUACAGCCCCCAUUUGGCUGCCUUUUUCAUUUGUCAGUGAAUUUAUCACUCUGGAAGUUUGCUGACCCCCAGGGGAUGAGUCUUCACUUCUAAAGGUUAGUGAGUCUGAAAUAGCAGAGCGGCAACAGGAAAUGCACUAAAAUACCAGGGUUUAACUUUGAGGUGGCAAUUAGUAUUUCAGACAAUCUCAGUUUGGAGGGAGUGGGGAAACUUGACCUCAGGAAUAAAACAAGCACAGUUGUUCAUGGAGGUAAAGUCUAAUGUGGAUAAUAUAACUAGGCUGGGUGGUAAACAUUGAGUGGUAUUUUUGUAGAAACCAAAGAAGUGGCAUUUUGUGAUUUAUCUGGAUAAGCUCUUGCAGGGAACAACCUGUAGGAUUCCCUGUCACUGUGGUUCAACAGUUUGCAUGAACAGAACAACUCUUCCAAAUGGCUCCUUUUUAAUGUGCAUUUCCCUUUUUUGCUGGAAUGUACCGUUUGUUCCUCUGAAUGGUUGAGUGGGUUAGCGAUUUGUCAAUUUCCUGUUACCUUUCAGAGCUGCAAUUCGAGACCCAUUUGCUUCUGGACAAUCGCAAACAAUGGGAGGCCUCUUUUUUUUCAGGUUUCACUUUAGAUCCCUGACACAGGACAGAGCAAAAAUUUUAUUCAGGAGGCGGCUAACAGGAAGCAAACGUUUACUUAAUAUUUUCCAGUCUGACCCAAAUAAGGAAAUAUAUAUUUGCUCACCAUUUCCAGGUCUCAGCUUUUAACAAGAGUCCCUUAAAAGCCUUAUUCCCCCCCCCCCCCCCCCCCAAAUUAGAUGAAAUACCAAAAUAAGUUUUAAGUGUCUGAAUACUAGUUUCCUUUUUUUAUAUAUCAGAUUCCACUCCAUGAAAUUAUUUGUAAUCGCCCCUACAAGCUUCCAUAGUCAUCAUCAUUGUGUCACGUGCAGCAGUCUAAGGCACUGCAUCUCAGUAAAUAAAAGAAAUGGUUAAAAG